AUGGGGGCACCAGCGCAGCCCCAGGCUCUCGCUGCAGUAAAUCCCCGCUCCUGCCGGGAGUGUGGAUGGUUUUCCGUCCUCACUGAAGAGGAUAUAAAGCGUUUCCUGAAGGAGGACUCAGAGGAGGCUGAGCUGACCCAGCUCCUGUGGGAUUGCCCACCAGCUGACAGCCCCAGGAAGGUGGAGCCCCCGGAGAGCCGUCGGGAGCCUGGCCACCCCCUCUGCGGCGUGGGCAGGGUCCCCCCUGAUGAACCCGCUGACGAGAGGGACGCCAAGAUCUUCUCCCGGUCUCGGCCCUUGGAUUUCCAGCAGCACAUCGCUGCCCCCCCACCCCCCAGCCCCAGCCGGGAAUCCGGGCUGGGCAAGUCCACCCUGGUCAACAGCCUCUUCCUGACGGACAUGUACAGAGACCGCAAGCUGCUGAACGCCGAAGAGCGCAUCACGCAGACGGUGGAGAUCACCAAGCACGUGGUGGACAUCGAGGAGAAGGGUGUCAAGCUGCGCCUGACCAUUGUGGACACACCGGGCUUUGGUGACGCCGUCAACAACACCGAGUGCUGGAAGCCGGUGGCCGACUACAUCGACCAGCAGUUCGAGCAGUAUUUCCGCGACGAAAGUGGCCUCAACCGGAAAAACAUCCAGGACAACCGCGUCCACUGCUGCAUCUACUUCAUCUCGCCCUUUGGCCAUGGGCUCCGGCCCCUGGACGUGGAGUUCAUGAGAGCCUUGCACCAGCGGGUGAACAUCGUGCCUGUGCUGGCCAAGGCUGACACCCUGACCCCCACCGAGGUGGAGCGCAUGAAGAACAAGAUCCGGGAGGAGAUCGACCACUAUGGCAUCCGCAUCUACCAGUUCCCUGAGUGCGACUCGGACGAGGACGAGGAGUUCAAGCUGCAGGACCAGGCGCUAAAGGAGAGCAUCCCCUUCGCCGUCAUCGGCAGCAACACGGUCGUGGAGGCCAAAGGCCGGCGCGUCCGCGGGCGCCUCUACCCCUGGGGCAUCGUGGAAGUGGAGAACCCGUCCCACUGUGACUUCGUGAAGCUGCGGACGAUGCUGGUGAGGACCCACAUGCAGGACCUCAAGGACGUGACGCGGGAAACCCACUACGAGAACUACCGCACGCAGUGCAUCCAGAGCAUGACCCGCAUGGAGAGGAACCGCAACAAGCUGACACGGGAGAGCGGGACAGAUUUCCCCAUCCCCGUCAUCCCCCCGGUGCCGGAUGCGGAGACGGAGAAGCUCAUCCGGGAGAAGGACGAGGAGCUGCGGCGGAUGCAGGAGAUGCUCCAGAAGAUCCAGAAGCAGAUGAAGGACUCGCACUAG